CCCCCCCCUAUCUGUCCGACUGAGCCUGCCCCUCGCCGGCCCCCGCGCUCCUCCUCCGGCCCCCCGUGGAGAGACUUCACCCGGCUCUCCUCCUUCCCCCCUCCCCUCGCCCGCGUCACCGAUGCUCAGGGCGUCCGGCCGCCCGGGCCCCCCGGCGCUGGCCACGCUGCUGGCCCUGGUGGCAACGGCAUGCUUGCUGCUGCUGCUGGCCGGGCCCCGGGCCUCGUCGGCAAGUCCGGCCGCCGGGCCGCUGGAGCUGGCACCCGGCCCGGCGGCCGGCGAAGCGCCUGACCGCCUUGAGGCCGGGCCCCCCCCGGCGGAGGACGGCCAGCUGGCCGUCGCCUCCUGCGGGGCCUACUGCAACUCCUGCAUGGGCAGCGUCUGCUUCGGCUGCCAGAGCGGCUACUACCAGCUCAAGGACAACAAUGUGACCCCCUGCGUGGCGCAGUGUCCGCCGCACCUGCCCUCCAUCUACAUCGAGAUUGUCAACGAAUACUGCUGGGCCACAACGGUCGAUGGCUGCAGCAUGAUGAUUUCCUCGCCCUACAAUUGUGCCAUGUGCUUCCCCGGGCGUUUCCUGUCCAACGGCGUGUGCCUCCACUGCCCGGCCAACUGCCACACCUGUGGCAACGCCAGCAGCUGCGAUGUCUGCAUGCCGGGGGCCCUCAAGCACUGGGGCGCCUGUGUGUACAGCUGUCCGGAUGGCUUCUACUCCGAUGGGUCUUCCUGCAUUGCCUGCCACUCGUCCUGUGCCACGUGCAGCAAUGCGUCCAGCUGUGGCUCCUGCGCGGCUGGCUGGUUCCUCCACGGGUCGUCCUGUGUGUCGGCCUGCCCCGGCGGCACCUGGGCCGAUGGCAGCACCCGCCGGUGUCAAGCAUGCCCCGGUGGCUGCUCCGCCUGCACCAGCGCCUCGUAUUGCACCUCCUGCAUCGCCGGGCGCUAUCUCCAUGGCAGCUCCUGCCAUGUCACCUGCCCGGCCGGGACCUUCCCCAAUGGCGCGGUCUGCACGGCUUGCAGUGCGGGCUGCGUCUCGUGCACCAGUUCCAGCGCCUGCAGCGCCUGCACCAGCGGCUACUUCCUGCAUGGGGGCGCCUGCGUGACCGCCUGCCCGGCCGGGUUCUACCCCAACGGCGGGGUCUGCUCGGGCUGUCCCUCCACUUGUUCCACCUGUACUGGGGCCACCACCUGCACGGCCUGCAAGGCCGGCAGCUUCCUCAAUGGCAGCUCCUGCGGGGCCACCUGCCCGGCGGGCACCUUCGCCAACAGCGCCAACAACACCUGCUCUUCUUGCCCGGCCGGUGCCACGGCUUGUGUCUCCUGUGUGUCGGGCCGGUUCCUGAGCGGCACCACCUGCGGGACCACCUGCCCGGCGGGCACUUUUGCCAAUGGGACCAACAACACCUGCACGACGUGUCCGACCGGCUGCACGGCCUGCACCGGCGCCUCCGCCUGCACGACGUGCGCCGCCGGCCGGUACCUGCACCAGGGCGCCUGCGUGACCGCCUGCCCGGCCGGGUUCUACCCGAACGGCACGGUUUGCUCGGCCUGUCCCUCCACUUGUUCCACCUGCACCGGGGCCAGCACCUGCACGGCCUGCAAGGCGGGCAGCUUCCUCAAUGGUAGUUCCUGCGGGGCCACCUGCCCGACCGGUACCUUCGCCAACAGCACCAACAACACCUGUACGACGUGCGCGGCCAGCUGUUCCGCCUGCAGCAGUGCGUCUGUCUGCUCGGCCUGCAAGGCCGGCUACUUCCUGAAUGGCAGCUCCUGCGGGACCACCUGCCCGGCCGGGUUCUUCGGGAACACGGCCGAUAACAAGUGCACUGGGUGCCCGGCCACCUGCUCGGCCUGUACCGGGGCCGCUGCCUGUACCACAUGCAAGACUGGCUACUUCCUCCUCUCGGGCGCCUGCAGCACCACCUGUCCGAAUGGCAACUACCCGGACUCGGGGUCUGCCUCGUGCAAGGUGUGCCCCACCGGCUGCGCCACCUGCACCAGCGCCACCGAGUGCUCGGCCUGCGGGAAUGGCUACUUCCUGAGCGGCACCACCUGCGGGACCACCUGCCCGGCGGGCACUUUUGCCAAUGGCACCAACAACACCUGCACGACGUGUCCGACCGGCUGCACGGCCUGCACCGGCGCCUCCGCCUGCACGACGUGCGCCGCCGGCCGGUACCUGCACCAAGGUGCCUGCGUGACCGCCUGUCCGGCUAGGUUCUACCCCAACGGCACAGCCUGCUCGGGCUGUCCCUCGACUUGUUCCACCUGCACCGGGGCCAGCACCUGCACGGCCUGCAAGGCGGGCAGCUUCCUCAAUGGUAGUUCCUGCGGGGCCACCUGCCCGACGGGCACUUUUGCCAACAGCACCAACAACACCUGUACGACGUGCGCGGCCAGCUGUUCCGCCUGCAGCAGUGCGUCUGUCUGCUCGGCCUGCAAGGCUGGCUACUUCCUGAAUGGCAGCUCCUGCGGGACCACCUGCCCGGCCGGGUUCUUCGGCAACACGGCCGACAACAAGUGCACUGGGUGCCCGGCCACCUGCUCCACCUGUACUGGGGCCACUGCCUGCACGGCCUGCAAGACCGGCAACCACCUGCACCAGGGUGCCUGUGUGGCCGCCUGCCCGGCCGGGUUCUACCCCAACGACGGGGUCUGCUCGGGCUGUCCCUCGACUUGUUCCGCCUGUACUGGGGCCACCACCUGCACGGCCUGCAAGGCGGGCAGCUUCCUCAAUGGCACCACCUGCGGGGCCACCUGCCCGGCGGGCACCUUCGCCAAUGGCACCAACAACACCUGUUCGGCCUGCCCGUCGACCUGCUCGGCCUGCACCGGGGCCAGCACCUGCACCGGUUGCAGUGCCGGCCACUUCCUGAAUGGCUCCGCCUGCGGGACCACCUGCCCGGCCGGGUUCUUCGGCAACACGGCCGACAACAAGUGCACUGCCUGCCCGGCCACCUGCUCGGCCUGCACCGAGGCCACUGCCUGUACCACAUGCAAGGCCGGCAACUACCUGCACCAGGGCGCCUGUGUGACCGCCUGCCCGGCCGGGUUCUACCCGAACGGCACGGCCUGCUCGGCCUGCCCCGGGGGCUGUGCCACCUGCAGCAGCCCGACCGCCUGCACAACCUGCUCCGCCGGCUGGCUGCACCAUGCGGGCUCCUCCUGUGUGACGGCCUGCCCGACCGGGUUCUUCGCCAACGGCAGCGCCUGCGCGGCGUGCAUCACCGGCUGCGACGUUUGCGCCAAUGCCAGCGCCUGCACCAAGUGCCGGGCCGGGUGGUUCCUGCAUGCGGGCACCUGCGUGGCCACCUGCCCGGCGGGCACCUUCGCCAAUGGCACCAAUGGCACCUGCACGGCCUGCCCGGCCGGCUGUGCCACCUGCACCAGUGCCUCGGCUUGUACCUCCUGUGUGGCCGGCCGGUUCCUGAGCGGCACCGCCUGCGGGACCACCUGCCCGGCCGGGACCUUCCCCAACACCAGCGACCGGAAGUGCACCGCCUGCGGGGUCACCUGCGCCGGCUGCUCGGAGGCCAUGUCCUGCGACAGCUGUGUCGCUGGCCGGUUCCUGCAUGACGGGAAUUGCCCGACCUCCUGCCCGAUCGGCACCUUCGCCAACGGCGCCGAUGGGACUUGCACCGACUGCCCGGCCGGCUGCGCCACCUGCUCCAGCGCCUCGGCCUGCGGGACCUGCACCAGCGGGUUCUUCCUGCACGCCGGGUCCGCCUGCCUGGCCGCUUGCCCGAGUGGCUUCUACGCCAACGCCAGCAAUGGCACCUGCGCCGCCUGCGCGGCCGGCUGCACCGCCUGCACCGGGGCCGCUGCCUGCACCGCCUGCGGGACCGGCCGCUACCUGCACCAGGGGGCCUGCGUGUCCUCCUGCCCGAGUGGCUUCUUCGCGUCGGGGUCGGCCUGCGCCGCCUGCGCGGCCGGCUGCACCACCUGCACCGGCACCAGCGCCUGCUCGGCCUGCGGGACCGGCCACUUCCUGCAUGGCUCGGCCUGCCUGGUGACCUGCCCCUCGGGGACCUUCCCCAAUGGCUCGGACCGGACCUGCGCCCCCUGCAGUGCCAGCUGCACCGCCUGCACCGGGGCCACCAGCUGCACCGCCUGCGCCGCCGGGACCUUCCUGCACAAUGGGGCCUGUGUCGGGGCCUGCCCGGGGGGGUUCUUCCCGAGUGCCGGCGCGUGUGUCGCCUGCCCGGCCACCUGCUCGGCCUGCACCGGCGCCUCGGCGUGCACCAUCUGCAAGGACGGCUACUUCCUCCUCUCGGGCGCCUGCAGCACCACCUGUCCGAAUGGCAACUACCCGGACUCGGGGUCUGCCUCGUGCAAGGUGUGCCCCACCGGCUGCGCCACCUGCACCAGCGCCACCGAGUGCUCCACCUGCGAGAGCGGCUACUUCCUGAGCGGCACCGCCUGCGGGGCCACCUGCCCGGCGGGCACCUUCGCCAACAGCGCCAACAACUCCUGCUCUUCCUGCCCGGCCGGGUGCUCCACCUGCACCAGCGCCUCGGUCUGCUCGGCCUGCAAGGCCGGCUACUUCCUGAAUGGCUCCGCCUGCGGGACCACCUGCCCGGCGGGCGCUUUUGCUAACAGCACCAACAACACCUGCACGGCCUGCCCGUCGACCUGCUCGGCCUGCACCGGGGCCAGCACCUGCACGGCCUGCAGGGCCGGCAGCUUCCUGAAUGGCACCACCUGCGGGGCCACCUGCCCGACGGGCACCUUCGCCAACAGCGCCGACAGCACCUGCUCGGCCUGCCCGGCCACCUGCUCCACCUGCACCGGGGCCAGCACCUGCACCGGCUGCAGUGCCGGGCACUUCCUGCAUGAGGCGUCGUGCAGCGCCGCCUGCCCGGCCGGGUUCUUUGCGGAUUCCGCCAGCCGGGCCUGCUCGGCCUGCCCGCCGACCUGCUCCACCUGCACCGGGCCCGGCAGUGCCUGCACCUCCUGCCAGCCGGGCCACCUGAUGCAUGCCGGCACAUGUGUGGCUGCCUGCCCCGGGGGCUUCUUCGCGGCGGCCGGCGCGUGCACCGCCUGUCCGUCGGCCUGCUCCACCUGCACCGGGGCCAACACCUGCACCACUUGCCAGCCGGCGCACCUGCUGCACCAGGGCGCCUGUGUGGCCGCCUGCCCGGCCGGGUUCUUUGCCUCCGGGCCCGGCUGCGCGGCCUGCUCCGCCGACUGCACGGUGUGCGCCGGUCCGACCGAGUGCACCGCCUGCGCCAGCAGCUCGCUUCUCCACCAGGAUGCCUGUGUGGAUGCCUGCCCGGCUGGGUUCUUCCCGCGCGAUGGGGCCUGCGUGCCUUGCAGCGCCAGCUGCAGCACCUGCCACGACGAGACCACGUGCCUGGUCUGCGCGCCGGGCUACCCGCUCCAUGAGCAUGCCUGCUUGGAGGGCUGCCCCGGGGGGCACUUCGACCGGGGCAAUGUCUGCGCCAUGUGCCCGGCCGGCUGCGACGCCUGCCAGGAGGCCGCCGCGUGCGAGGUGUGCGCGGCGGACCGGGUCCGCCUGCAGGGCCAGUGCUUGGCCGCCUGCCCGGCCGGGACAUUCCCCGGCGCGGAUCCCAAUGACUCGGACCGGACCGCCUGCCUGGCGUGCCACCCGCUGUGCGCCGCGUGCGCCGGCCCGGGGGCCGACCAGUGCACCGCCUGCGACGACCCGCUGACCAUCCGCCAGCCCAUCCCGCCGGUGGACCCGCCCCUGGCCGAGGGCAUGUGCGUGCCGGACUGCAUGAAUGACCCGUCGCAGUGCGUCGAGUGCGAGCCCGGGUGCGACCUGUGCCGGCGGAUGCCCGACGAGUCGACCUUCUGCAUGGUGUGCCAGUCGCCGGGGCUGGCCCUCGAUGGCCUCUGUGUCGCUGCCUGCCCGCCGGGCUACGCCGCCAUGACGGCCUCGGGCUACUGCGCCCGGUGCUCCGGCAACUGCGGCGACGCGUGCUUCGGCCCGGGCAGCAACCAGUGCCUCACCUGCCCGACCAACAAGCUGCUGCAGGGGGGCGAGUGCCGGUCGGCCUGCUCGACCACCGGCUGGUACCAGGCCUCGUCGGUUGCCUGUGCCCGGUGCGAUGCCAGCUGCUCGCAGUGCGUCGGAUCCGGCCCGGGGGACUGCACGGCCUGCCCGCGGGGGUCCUUCCGGAUGGCCUCCCCCGGGGGGCUGGGCCACCAGUGCGUGGCCACCUGCCCGACCGGCCAGUAUGCGGAUGCCCUGGCCGGCGAGUGCCGGGCCUGCCACGGGGACUGCCGGACGUGCUUCGGCCCGGGCCCGGCCGACUGCAUGUCCUGCCAGGCGGGGGCCCUGCUCUUCGAGUACACCUGUGUGGCCGGCUGCCCGGCCGGGUAUUACCCGCUGGCCGAGGGGACCGAGUGCAGCCCGUGCGACUUCGGCUGCGCCGAGUGCGCCCCCGGCACCGGGGUCUGCACCGCCUGCGCCCCGGGCCACUAUGCCGACUAUGCGGCCGGCAUGUGCUACACCGUGUGCCCGGAGCGCUUCCUGACCGACUCGCUGGCCAUGACGUGCACCCCCUGCGCCGAGGGCUGCGGGCGCUGCAUCAACACGGUGGACACAUGCACCCGGUGCCUGGACCCGGGGCACAAGCUGCGCACCAGCACCAGCCAGUGCGUGGCCGAAUGUGCCGCCGGUGAGGUGGCCGUCGCCGGGACCGGCGACUAUGCCGGGGUCAUGCUGUGCGCCGCCUGCCACGACACCUGCGGCUCUUGCCAUGCGCCGGGCGACGAGCACGCCUGUUCCUCCUGCCCGGAGGGCACCCUGCUGGCCGACAGCCUGGCCUGUGUGGCGGCCUGCCCGGUGGGGUACUUCGCCGAGCCGGCCGGCCGCCGGUGCCACCAGUGCCACGACACCUGCCACACGUGCUCCAGCCCGGGGGCCGAUGAGUGCGCCUCCUGCACCGGGGCCCGGGACAUCCUGAUGCUCGGGUCGUGUGUGGCCCAGUGCCCGGGCCGCGGCUUCUGGCUGGACAUGGGGGACCCGGCGGCCCGGGCCUGCCGGCCCUGCGUCGAGCACUGUGUCCAGUGCGCCGGGGCCGGCGAGUGCUCCCUGUGCAAGGACCCGAUGGUCCUCUUCCUGUCGGAGUCCGACGAGGCCUUCUGCCUGAGUGCCUGCCCGGCCGGGUUCUACUCGCUCGCGGGGCCGGGUGAGGCGCAGGCCGUUUGCGCGCACUGUGCGGCCGACUGUCACACCUGCCUCGGCCCGGAGGAGGCCGACUGCCUGGUGACCUGGUGCCAGGCGGAUGGCUCGUGCGGCCCCUCGCGCAAUCGGACCCUGGCCCUGGGCCUGGCCAUCGGCCUGUCGCUGCUGUUCAUCAUCCUGCUGCUCAUCCUGCUGGUCAUCUUCUGUGCCGUCCGCCGCCAGCGCCAGGAGCCCAAGGCGGCGCCGGUCGACAUGGAUCUCACCGUCCUCAACACGGUCAUGGACCUUGCCCUGCCGGGCUUCCUGCUGCUCUCCUUCGAGAAGGACAUCCGCCUGCUCAGCACCUCGCCCGAGGCCACCGGCACCCAGGGCGGCAUCUUCCCGGCCGAGCCCCUGAAGCCGCAGCUGAUCGCCGCCGCCGGCAGCCAUGCCCUGGUGGUGAAGCUGGCCCACGCGGAGUCCGCCUCGCCGCUCUCCGACGCCCAGAUGCAGGCCAUGUUCGAGAAUGAGCUGUCCAUCCUGUGGGCCCUGCAGCAGUCGCCGAAUGUGGCCCGCCUGAUGGGGUACAUGCAGGCCCCGGCGGGCAUUGUCAUGGCCCGCGAGACCACGGACCUCCAUCGGCUGCUGUCCUCGGAGGAGCCGCUGGACGUGGCCAAUGCCGGGGCCCUGGUCCGGGGCAUGGCCGCCGGGCUGGCCUUCAUCCACGGCCAGGGGAUCGCCCAUCGCGAUGUCAAGUCGCAGAACAUCCUGGUCGGCCUGUGCCCGGAGACGGGCGCCAUGCGGCCGGUGUUCACGGAUUUCGGCGUGUCGCUGGCCGUCAGCCGCGGCUCGGCCCUGCUGGACUCGGUCAUGCUGGCGGCCUGCAGCUUGUCCUUCGCCGCGCCGGAGGUCCUGGCCACCAUGGAUGUCCCGGUGUCGGCCGUGUCGAGCGUCAACCACAUGGCGGCCGAUGUCUUCUCCCUGGCGUCGGUCUUCUGGCACAUCCUGACCCAUCGUCUCCCCUGGAGCGGCCUCGGCAAGGGCCACAUCCAGGGGUUCCUCCUCGGGGGGAAGACCCCGGCCAUGCACGGGGCCCCGGCUCGCGAGGACUUCCUGCAGGACCCCCUGCUGGGGGCCCUGCUUACCGAUGGCCACCUUGCGGCCAUGUGGUCCACGAACCCGGACCAGCGCCCGGCCAUGGCCACGCUGGAGGCCGCUCUCGCCCGCUAAGGGCCCGGUCUGGUGGGGCCCUGCCCGGGUGGUGUCCCUUGGCCCCGUGCCCCGACGCUGUGCGGCGGCGUGGGGGAAAGAAAAUACAUCCCGCCCCUCCCUC